AUGUUUAAUAUUAUUAUAGGCUACAUCCGUUUCCUGUUAUCUUAUUUUCCACCCACAUGAUAUUUAGGAAAAUGGCCUCUCCAGCAGUCCUUCCAGUCGAGAGCAAGUCCCUUCACGUCCCCCCUUUGCAAGAGGUGGCUCAAGUGCUGCAAGGUGGACUAGAGAGCAACUUCAGAGAUGUGAGUGUGUGUGUAGUCGAGUGUCCUGAUCUCACCCAAUCACCAUGGAGACUGGCCGCUCCAGGUAUUUGUGGGUCCCCUCGACUAGUGGAUAUAGGUGGCGUGCCCUACCUGUUCCCACUGCCUGAUUGCUCCAAGUUAUACGACAUGGCUGAUAUUGCUAGACUAGUUGGACUUCCUGGGGCAUUCCUAUUGGGUGCAGGAGCCGGGUCAUCUAAGGUCGUGGGGGUCAACUGUGAGAUGGUUCCUAAUGUCCGUGUUGAGGGAGGCAGUGCGGUUGCUAUGAACAACACACACAUUGCUAAAGUCAAUACCAAGGAUGGUUCCAUACAACAAGAGAAGUACGACUCCGUAGAAACAGGUCCACUCGUUAAUGUCCUAGCAAGCGAGGGAAAGAGAGGAAAGGUGUUUGAGAUCAAGGUCAAAUGUCGAACAGGAGAGGAGAACUUUGUCAGCUGUAUGAGAAAAGCCCUUGCGAGUUGCUAUGGUGAUAAGCCGGUGGGGAUGGGUGGAGUGUUUGUCAUAUCUCAGGGGAGUGCUAAACUUCACGUCAUGCCUGCUUUCUCUGAGGUGCCUCUGACUACUAGUGAGGAUGUGAACAAUUGGUUGAAGUUCUACACUGUCCCUGGCCCUCUCACUUGUCUCUCUGAGCUCAUCAGUCAUGACCCAGGGUUGGACCUUCGUAUUGACCACACCCACUGCUUCAGCGAGCAUGGGGAGGGAGGUCACUAUCACUAUGACACAACCCCAGAGACAAUCGAGUACCACGGCUACUAUACCCUGGCUGAGAGUGUAUACAGAGUGGACAGGCCAGAGAACACACACCAGUUAGGCAGAGACUGACUGACAGACUGACUGACAGCAUUGACUCUCUAGCUUAUAUUAGGUUGUCUACUGAAUGUGUGUUGAUUAGUUUUGUGAUUUGAUUCCAUGCA